AGAGUUUGACGAUGAGGACAUGGACAGCUUGCCUGUUGAACUGCAGUAUUUACCUGAAGACAAGCAGCGAGAACCGGACGAUGAUGUGCGCAAGAUGAUUCUUGAAGCUCUCACGCAGCUGUGUGCAACGAAACCAGGAAGGGAGUACAUGAAGAGCAAGAACACGUACGUCGUACUACGUGCGCUGGACGGCUGGGAGAAAUCACCUUCUGUUCGACACGUCCUUGAGAAUCUCAUCCAGAUAUUCAUUGGGGACGAUCCUGAACCAGAUAUGGAGAAUCUUCAUAAAGUAGAAAUACCUGACGAUGUAAAGGAGAAAUUGAAGACUUGGGAUGAGGAGGAUAAUAAACGUAUAGCUGAAGAAGAGACAGAGUAUAACUCGGUAAAUCAGCAGUUAUGAGAAUGGUAUGUUUGUAACUGAGCCAGAAGGAAAUCUUGUUGUUGAAUCCAUUGAGUAUGGCAACUUGUCAACAUGAAUAGAUGUCAUGUAUGAGUGCAAGCUUCAAAAGUUUGUUUAUGAGAGUGUAGAUCAUAUGUGACAUCUGUAUUACAUUUUUAAGAAAUGACAUCUACAAUGUAAAUAUAGGACGUCUUGCAUUUUAUAAAUUAAUCAAGUUCACAUAUGCUAAUUAGCCACGCUAUAAAUCUAAUAAUGUUUCAGUUUGCAAUUUAUAAAUAUUGAUGAAUUUAAUUAAUCAUUUAACAUACAAGCAAUAUGGCAACACCAGUUCCAACAUGGAAAUGCAUAGAUAUUUUGGUGGAUAUAUCUCCUGUGUCAUAUGCAAAGAACAUGAUCUCUAUAGAUUACAAGAAUUGUUUUUGGCUUCUUCGCGAAUAGAACUUGUUCUUCCUGCAUGGACUAUGCUUGCUAUUGGCCGUCAUGAAAGUCCUGAACUAUCGAGUAACGGUGUCGGUGAUGUGACAGCAUGCAGUUGUGUGUCAUAAGAGCCAUUGACUUUCAGAUGCAUUUUACAUAGCAAACCUUCCCACACUUAUGCUGCUCCAGAAUGAUUUACUGCAGUAUGUGCACUUCUCAGUUCUCAAUUGAAAAUGUUUAUAUUAAAAUUGAACUACUCUGACUUUGCAAUAUA